CCUGCGCCCCCGCCGGAGCAUGCCAGCCAAGACGCCCAUCUACCUGAAGACCUCGACCCCCAAGCGGGGCCGGAAGCUGCGCCUGCGGGACGUGCUCUCCAGCGACAUGAUCAGCCCCCCGCUGGGCGACUUCCGCCACAGCGCCCACAUCGGCCGGGACGGGGAAGGCGACAUGUUUGGGGAGCUCUCCUUCCUGCAGGGCAAGUACGACCUGCUGCCCCGCCUGGGCCGCUGCGGGGGCUCCCCGGGGGACGCCGGCUACCCCCGCACGCUCCUGAAGAGCGCCGUCUCCCUGCCCGCCUUCAGCAGCGGGGCCCAGGACCAGGCGCCCCCCAAGCCGCCGCGCCUCCACCUGGAAGAGAUGCCCAGCGGCGGGGGGCAGGGGCGCUCCAUGUCGGUCGGCUGCGCCGAGGGCUGUUUCCACAGCUGCAGCGCCGCCGAGGGCCUCUCCUUCUCCGCCACGGCUGCUCCUCACUAUGAGCCACUGGCCUCUUCCGUCUCCUUUUCGGGCCCCCCACCAGAAGGCGACUGUUUUGUGGGGGGCAGCCAGGAGUGCCCGUGUGGGGGAGCAGCCGCCCUGCCUCGCUCGGACUCCCUGCUGCGCCUCGACCUUGACCUGGGCCCCUCCAUCUUGGAUGACGUCCUGCGCAUCAUGGAGGAAUACCAGCGGCCUGCGCCCAAGGCCCUGUAGAGCGUCCGCCUGCCCACACGCCCCUCUCCCAGCUCCACCAGUGUGGCUGCGGCCUUCCUGCUGAACGUCCCCAGAGGGGCUGGACUUGCGGAGUCCCGGGAUGACAAGGAGAGGCAGCCCCACUUGCCCGCUCAAGGGCCCAGGCAGGGGCUUGGCCAGGAG